GAGCAGCCAGCAGGAGUAUUGGGACACUGUGUUGUCUCCCCCCCGUUCUCCUGUGCUCUGAACCUCGAUUUACUUUGUCAUUUCUGCUCCAGAAACACAAGCUAAAGCCGAACACCAUGGACAUCGCAGUCCAGCGCCCCUUGUCCCACCGUGCCCGGAGCCCCUUCUAUCUUUUUGACCAAUUCUUCAGAGAGGGCCUCUUUGAUUAUGACCUCCUCCCGUUCUCCUCCUCCACCAUCAGCCCAUACUAUAGACAUACAUUCUUCCGGAACCCGGAGUCCUUCAACUCUGGACUCUCCGAGGUGAGGUCUGAUGGGGACACGUUCACAGUCUGCCUGGACGUGAAGCAUUUCUCCCCCGAGGAGCUGAGCGUCACGGUAGAGGAUGACUGCUUCGGAGUAAAGGGCAAGCACGCUGAGUGCCGAGAUGACCAUAGGUUCAUCUGCCGGGAGUUCCAUCACCGCUGCUGCCUGCCCCUCACUGUGGAGCAGUCAGCCAUCUCCUGGACGCUGUUUUACGAUGGACACCUGACAGUCUGUGCACCCAAGGUCUCCAUGGCAGCAGAGUCCCACAGCAGCAUCCCCGUCACCCAUGAGGACAAACUGAAUUCUGCUGUCUCCUCAUAGGCAGAGAAUGCCAGGAGAUAAGGGGGGGGCACCAGUGGAUGUUUUUGAAGGGCUUGGUUUCAGAAAGACAAACAAGGAAGCUGGACUAUGCCUGAGAGGCAGGGCAUGUCUCCAAUUACUCAUCUUCAUUAGUUUCCUUUUUCUCUGCCUUCAGAUCCCAUUCACCUCCUCCUGAUGUCAGGAUCCGUCAUGGAUACCACAGAUACGACCUGCUUCUUAUGUUCUCUUUAUAGUGAUAUGAUUAUAAUUAAUGAGAGCAGUGGGAAUGGGUGGAGACAGAUACUCUUUGAGAUCAAAGAAAAGUAAUAGAGAAUGACAUCACCUAGUCCAGGCAUCUUUUCACAAGGUCAUCAUAACUUUGGUCCUUGGGCAGCUACUGCUCUGCCUGAAGUGAAGUCAGAAUAAAAUGGUUGGAAAAGGAGACUUAUAGAUGCCUAUUUGAAAGCGGAAAAUGUGAAUAGAAAGUCUGAGGUAGAGAAAGCAGGAUAAGUCUCUCCUGUUUUGUAGUUAAUGCUUUGUCAUCUGGUAUCCUUUCAUCGAAGUCUAUUAAACAUUAAAUAAAGUUACUAAAGUAACAGAAA